CCUCCACAACGACUUGCCUUCUACUCUCCAUCGCAUUCAUCGCGUCGUACAUCUCUACUAUUGUCCACUCAGUAAUAUCACAAUGUCUGCACCCCGCACACCAGCUCUCUCGCGCGUAGAGUCUGCCGAGCCCUCGGGCGGCAGCGGCCCCAUCCCCUUCUCACGUCCCCCCACACCGUCGCUCAAUGCCGAGGCGCGGUAUGCGUUCGUCGGCCUCGGCGAGAUGGGCAAGCGCAUGGCGACAAACUUUGCCCGCUCGCUCAUCGGCACCCCCCACGCCCCACUCAUCGUCUACAACCGCGGCGAGGAGGGCCUGAACAACUUUAAGAAGUGGGCCGCGUCCAAGGAGGUCCCCGAGUCGGCUUACACCGUCGUCACCGACCUCAAGGAGAUUGGCCGCACCGCUCACCUCAUCAUCACGUCUAUCGGCGGCGACGAUGCCAUCAAGGAGGUGUACGCCCAGCUCUUUGCCGGCCAGGAGGAGGACGAGUCCAAGAAGCAGACCAUCUUUGUCGACACUUCGACGACCUACCCCACCCUCUCGGGCCAGCUCGAGCGCGACGCGUCGUCCAAGAGGGGCCGGACCUUCCUCGCCGCGCCCGUGUUCGGUGUUCCUCGCGCCGCGGAGAAGGCGCAGCUGAUCAUCGCGAUGGCGGGCGACCUGUUCGCCAAGAAGGUCGCCUCGCACCUCCUUGUCCCGGCCAUCGGCAAGAAGGUCAUGGACCUGGGCAGCAACGUCGAGCGCGCCAUGUCGUUCAAGCUCGUCGGCAACUCGCUCGAGCUCGGCUUCAUCGAGCUCAUCUCCGAGUGCUUCACGCUCGCCGACCAGGCCGGCGUCGGCUCCGAGGCCCUCGUCGAGCUCAUCCGCGAGCAGCACUCGUCGCCCGCACUCGUGCGCUACUCUGAACGCAUCACCAAGAACAAGUUUGACGCCGAGGGCGGCUUCAACCUCCACGGCGGCUUGACCGACUCGAAGCACAUCCGCCAGCUCGCCGACACGUACAACGUGCCCAUGCCGACCAUGGACGUGGCCCACCAGCACAUGAUCACUGCCCGUGCCCAGGGCGGCGAGCAGAUGGACUGGACCGCCCUCGUUGCCGGCACGCGUAUCGCCGCCGGCCUCCAGCCCUUCGCAGGCAAGACCCGCCUGGAGAAGUGGGAGGAGUAGGGUGUUGUGGCAGAGUCUAGUCCAUAAUUCGUCCGGAGCGGCACACUUGAACUUAGUACAUUAUGUAUCGCCUCGUGCGAUGGUAUCGUGGGA